GAAGCCCUUCCCAAUUCCCAUUUGUGUUUAUAUAUAUAUAUAUAUAUUUUAUACUUAUAGAGGGAAAACUGUCAACCAUAUCCAAAGUGCAAGACCAAAGAGAAAUAAUGUAUGCUUUUGUGAGGUUCUUGGAAGACGAUAUGUGUUACGCUUUACCCGCUUCAAAUGUGAAAGAUUUUAGACCUCUGCACAAAACAGAUUUUGAUAAUCAGAAGGUGUAUCUGGUUCUCAGAACAGAAGGGAAUGGUACAGGCCAGCCGUGCAAAGCACAUAUUCUUGCCCUUGCAGAUAACAUUGAUGAGUUUGAACAUAGUAUAAUGCAGAAAAAGAUGAAAAUGUCGACAAGGAAUAUGGGAAAUUCAGUUGAGAACCACUUUGGGGAGGAACGACUGCCACUGAGACGUAAAAAGGCCCAGACACAGGACCAUGGGCGUCCCACUGCCAACUCCUCCAAGAGCCUGGCAGCGGUGGUGGCCCGCCUGGAGAGGAACGCUGUGGGUUCCUGCAUGGAGGAAGAGGAAGACCUGGAGGAGGACAGGCUGGCUGAGGAGGAGGAGGAAGAAGAAGAGGAGGAGGAAGAGGAGGGGGACUCUGUGCCUGAGGAGGCGUUGGUACCGCGGGUUCUAUAUGAGGAGCUGGUCCACAGCUACAGGCAGCAGGAGGAAGAGGUGAGGAGGCUACAACAGGAGCUGGAGAGAACCCGCAGGCAGCUGGUCCAGCAGGCCAAGAAGCUGAAGGAGUAUGGCAGCCUGCUGACAGAAGUGAAGGAGCUGCGUGACUUCAACAGGAGGCUGCAGGACGUGCUCCUCAUGAGGCUGGGCAGCGGUGAGAGACACACACUCUCCAGUCACCUCUCACUGCAGCCUCCCAUUCACAUCUGUUCAGAGCCUAUGCAUGACAAUGGCACUCAGACAAUCAAAGCGGAGGUGGUGGAGCCCAUCAUUGAGCCACAGGAAGUGUGCAGAGAAGAGGCCAAUACCAGCUCCAGCCACUCCCCCUCCCCAAGAACAGUCUACACUUUUAAUGAUGGCAAGGUGCACCUGGGUGGGGGUAUCUGGGUGCAGGAAGAGAAGUGGCACCAGCUGCAGCGGACACAGGGAGACUCCAAGUUCACCAAGAACCUUGCCGUCAUGAUCUGGGGCACUGAGACCCUCAAGAACAGGAGUGUCACUGGCGUGGCCACCAAAAAGAAGAAAGAUGCCCUUCCCAAGCCCCCCCUCUCCCCAAGCAAGCUCAAAAUAGUCAGAGAGUGUCUGUAUGACAGAGUGUCUCAAGAAACGGCAGACGGCGCAGAGAUCACACAAAGAUUGUCCAAAGUGAACAAAUACAUCUGUGAAAAAAUUAUGGAUAUCAACAAAUCCAUCAAGAACGAGGAGAGGCGGGAAUCGAAGCUGCUUAUUAGACAAACCGUCAAGAUGGAGAAUUUCACAUACGAUGGCAUGUAGUGAUGAAAAGUUGUCACCAUACAAGAGCUCAUUCUCUUUUCUUGGACUGCUGAAACAGAAGAGGGUGGGUAGGUUCAUGUGUGCCAGGCCAGCACUAGAGAUUGUCAGUAGGCGCUCAAGGCCCUAAAUCCAUUAGCUGGAAGACAGCUUUACCUGCCAAUCAAUGCAGGGAGUGGUUAAACGUUUUGGUGUGUCGUAUGAACUGGUGUGAGAGAUUCUAAAAUCAAACUGGUUGUGAGAGAAUGCAGUGGCGCUCAAACAAAAUGUUCUGUGUCAGAACAUGACAUUGUGUCCUAAUAUUCUUAGUGAUUUCCCUUGAAAAAUUACUCUUCUGAUAGUAAGAAGAUAUUCUGGAAUAAUCAUGCUAGUGUGUGGUGGUUGAGAGGUUAGCCAUGCUGAAGGCCUUAGUGUUGAGGUCUCUGUGUGCUAUUGGUACUUACAGUGACGUGGAGAGGAUGUUAAUACACACUUCUUCAACGGGGUCUCUCCGAUAUACAUGUCUUCAUUGAUAGAUGCCACAUUGAGCAGAUAUUCCGUUGCCCUAGAGAUGAUUGCUGUGUGCUCAUCUAGUUUGGAGGCAAGGUUUGAGGACUCCUUAUCGUCCAUGGAAAUAUGCCAUUUGGAUUUCCAUAGUAUAGAGCACCAAUGAACAUUAACAGUUUUGUAAAGAGAGGUUUAUCAUUGUUUGUCUGCGGUGCUUGUCCACAUCAGACGUGUAACGUUCUUGAGAAGAUAUGUUGUUUUCUGUAUAAUGAUUUACAGUAUAUACCCUACUUGAGAGAUCCAACUUUUAGAUUUGAGUUUACAUAAAUGUGAUUGUUGUGGUAGUGUCUUUAUUCAAGCUCUCCUGCAGAUCGUUCGACUGUUUUGGAGUUGUGGUACAAGAUUUUAAGCCCAGAAAGGCCUUACGGUUAUGGAAAUCAUUGGGGACUGUGUCCUCCAGUUAUUUAGUAAGCUAUGAUUUUUAUUUAAAGUAAAGCUGAUAUCUUUAAACUGCACUUUGGUGUCUGAAUGUGAAAGGUUGCCAGGUACUGUGUUUGUUUGGCUGUGGGUAAAGCUGUCUGCAGCGGUCAGUGUUAGGCUAGAUCCCUGUGGGCCUGGAUAAAGCAGGAUUCCUGCUCUCUCACAGCCCUUUUCUUUGAGGCACACCACUAGGAAUGAAAUGCUAUAUAGUGACAACUCUCAAUGACAUGCCAUCAGAACUUUUCAAAUGUUUUUUCCCCAAACGGUUUGACUGGCUGUCUGCAACCUGGAACUAAAUGCUGCAGAUUGAAUUCUCAACUGUGACCAUGUGGCUAACUGUGAAUCACCUGCAGGUCUGCCUGUCAAGCCUUUUUGUCUCCUCACUGUCUAUGUAUUUGUGUUUGUGUGUAUGGUUUUUCUUUGUGUCUAUGGUUUUUCUUUGUAUUUCUUACGGUUCGAUCAACCUUUUGUUAAGCUACCAUAUGUGGGGAUAUUUUAGUGUAUAUAACUAGUCUCUUUUCACAAAUCAUGGACUUUUCCGUUUUUAGUCCGACUUACACAUUACCAUGCUAAACUCUUUUUUAAACUUUUUUUUGGAUUGACAUUGUAAUUCC